CGGAACGAUACGGGAAAAUCCGAAGCGCUAAACGCCCUUCAGCGCAACAAAGAGGACACCCUAUAAAUGAUUAUCAUGAUUAUUUAUGUGUCUGAGACUGGAUGUCAUUAAAACUUGCUUCUUGAAGAAUUCUGCGCGGAAUACAGCGAGCGAACAGUGCUACCCACUUGGCGGUACUUUUAAGGCGCAUGUUUCAGAACCUUACCAUGGGAGGGACGUGAAUGGCAACAGGGGGACUACAGAGGCAAUGCGCGGCACAGUUACAUCGUACGAAUCACGGGAUAUUGUCUGUGUUGUUGUUGCAAUUUGGAAGGUCACGCACCAAACUUCCGUGCUCGCAAUUUGGAACGGACCAGGUCCUAACGUGAAGACGGGCCCGCGUGAUGCAGAGCUAUUAGCAGAAGAUCCCGACCUCGUUCACUACUUGAGCAGCGAAUUACUUCAUGUAACAGUUUGCGGCAAACACAACACGAGGGACCUGGAACAUUUAAUUGGUAAAUAUGCUCUGCUUGAAGGCGUCAGUCUGUCCAGUUCAGCAACGAGCGAUUCCUGUUAUAUGGCACUCAACCUCUCGAAGCAAAAGUGCAAGAUUACAGUCUUACAAGAACCGCCGGCAUCUCUGGUAAGAUUGCUGAAUGCCAGAAAGAACAAGAAUAAAGAGGUGCAGCACGGAGAAAGUGUUAGUGUACAAACAGAAUGUGUGCAGGAAUCCGUGCCUCAAGCGACUGCUUCUGAAAGGACAGUAGUCCUGGUGGCAAUAGACAAAAAUUGUGACAAGGUUACAGACGACGCUACAAUGGUACAGGAGUCCAUUUCUGAUGCUGAUAUGGGGAUUGCCGAGAUGAAAGCACCGGAUAAAGUAUCUUUAGUUGAGCAAGUGAUCACCAUUAGUAGUAGCUCAGUACAUGCAAGUGGCAUUCCGGAUGUGCAUACCUCAUCCAGUCCCCUCAUUCUUCAAGUAACAGAAUGGGGAUGUCCUACUUUAUACGAGUCCCUACCUCCAGUUAUAGUCACACACAACGUACAACAUUUGAAACCAAUUCCGAUUGCUCAAAUCAAGUCACGUGAGCCACCUUUCGAGUGUAGACUCAUCGCCAGCAUCAGCGACAUCUUUCCAAAUUCCUGGAGACCAGUAAGCUUUAUUUGGGCCACCUGUAAGAAAUGUAAGAAGAGCAUUUCAUUGUCGAGCCUAGUUGGAAACGGGGACCCGGUACAUCUGCGCUUGCCCUGUCCGUGGUGUAAAUACUUGAAGCUCUCCUUGCGAUUUCUUCUUGUCUUGCGGCUGACGGAUCCCACUGGGAAGAUGUUUGUGUUCGCAAAAUGCCAAGAGGCAGUGCACUUGUUUGCCGGCUUGACGCCCCAAGACGUCUGCAACGCUCCAAGCUCGGGGGCGAGACUCUUAUCCCAAAUGCUUUCAAACUUGUCUCAACAAAGGGCAUUUCUGGACGUGAUGCUUUCUGCGUAUGAGGAACGUGACGACGUAGUCUAUUACAGAAUUGUGCGUACAUUGAGGUGUAAACCUCUUCUCUGUUCCUGAGGAAGGGCUAAAGCGUAUCUUCUUUAUUGCUGGACACAGAGCAGCACCGAAUCAUGAUACGUGAAUUGUUGUUUCACUUUUAGGUUAUUUACGCGGCUAUUUAGGUUGUACCUAUUUAUAGAGUAAUAUGUGAGCGAGCGUGAUGGAUAGGACAACCUUUCUCCUUUCAACCUCUCGUUUGAUGGCGCUACGUUUUAAUGUUGCCCACCGACAACCGUUAACUGAUGAUGUAAAUGGGAAAACUUAUUUGCUACACAAAUAAAGGCUUUUCCUGCACAAGA